UUUGGCCCAAAGCAGUUCACGGCGAACGGAUGUUUCCGCUGACGGGAGCCUGUAGCAGGUGUAUUGGACUUGCCAUCGCCUUGAUUCUGGUUGGUGCUGAUGCUCAAGCGCAUGUUUGGGUGGAACACAGCGCUGAGAGGGUUGCAGAUUCGGUCCAUGUACUUGAGAAUGUGACAAUCCGUUGGGAUCACUACGUCAACGGCGACCGCUCGUGGUACUCCUGGGGAUAUGUGCGAGAUGGCCCUUCGACUUGGACAUCAUUUUGUCGGUAGGAUGUGUUGCUCGCCAGAGCGGCAACUUUCUGGAGUCCCUCACGGGCAACACGCCGGCGACGGGCUCCUUUGUCUGGCAGGUGCCGCCAACGAUCUGCGGCAAGCUGGUGCAGCUGGAGCUGUGCAGCGGCAGCCCUCCCCGGAGGACCAAGCACGCCUGCCACAAGUCCGAUCCGCUGAUGGUUCAUGGAGAGUGUGUGCCAGAAGAAAGACCCGUCACGCUGACGACCACCACUACGGGGCUGGCCGCUUUGCGCGAAAUGGGCUUUCUUUCUCUGCACAGGCGAUCUCGGUAUUGGGCGCAGCCAGUCCAAAAAAGCGAGAGCACAAGAACUGAGCACAAGGAAGCCUCUGUGGCUUUCGUGGUCGUGUGGCUGGGUCCUCUACCUUCGUAUGUUGCAGCCUUUGCUGCAACCGCUGCUCAGGCCGGAGCCAGCUUUCUGGUUUUCCACACGCAUGAGGAGCCGUCGCCCAGUUCUGGCAAGGUGGAGUUCCGCUAUAUGUCUCUGGAGGAUUUAGCCGGGCGGCUAUGGAAUAUUGAACCGGUGCGGAAUCAUUUCAAGCUGAGCUUUGCAGAGUUCGCGCAGCGGGUCGCAGAGUGCUACGCAGAUGACAAUCCUGCCAAAGGGAACGACCUGAAGCCAUUCUACGGCGCGCUGUUCAGUGAAGAGCUCUCCCAAUUCUCUCACUGGGGAUGGACUGAUUUGGACAUGAUUUGGGGGAACUUGGAAGGCUUCCUGACUGCAGAGCUGCUUGAAGGCUAUGAUGUGAUUUCGGCGCCCGACGGCGCCAGGCCGGCGCUCUACCUUUCAGGGCAGCUGACGGUUUUCCGGAACAACGAGGUUUGGCGGGGGUUUAUGGAGGGCUGCCUCGCAGGAGGAGGGCAUGUGAACUAUGGGGGCUGCUACGUGGAGAGCUUGCUGUCCGAGGCCAAUGUCUUUCUGGACGAGAAGGUAGCCAUUUGGCAUGCCGCGCUGAGAGGCGCCCGCAUCUUCGUGGACUUCUCGCUGCUCCUGGCGGAGCCUCGGUGGCAGCGCCUGGGCGGCGGUAUUUUGCGCCGCGGUCGCGGCGGGCGGCUGCUGCUUGCUGGGCAGCCGGCGUGGGAGCCCUUCGUGGACAUCGAGCGCCGGAACAUGGAGGUGCACUUGUUGGAAAACUCGAGCGAUUGCUACACCGAGUUCGGAGAGGGGUGGAGCUAUGUUUGCAUUCCAUCAGAGGCCAACGAUGCUCUGGGGGUGGCAUAUGAGAUCAAUGGAAGCCUCUUUCUGUGGCCCUCGCCCCUUCACGCAGUCGAAGGAGGAGUGGAGUUUGCCGCGAUGCAUUUGCACAGAAGCAAGGCCAAGUUCAGCAUGGAGGACUGUAGAGAUUCGGAGGACGUGAGCUGCCAGAAGGAGGGCUCCGCGAUAAGCUGUGAGUGCGCAGCCCCUACUUCCAAUCGGCACCUCGCUGAGACGUUCCGAAUUCCGAACAUCGUCCACUUCGUGCUGACGGACCGGGACACCCGGUUCUUCGACUGGCCCUGCUACGCCGCGCUGCGCAGCGCGUGGGAGCAGCUGCGGCCGGAGAAGCUGCUGGUGCAUCUGCUGGACGGCGUGGAGCCAAGCACCGCCAAUGCCUGGUGGGAGGCCGCCCGGCGCUUCGUCACGGGCGUCAUCCCCUUCCCGCGGUCCUCGGUGCCCUUGGCGCUGAACGGCGUGCUGGUGACGCACCCGGCCUUCAUCGCAGACUUCCACCGGAUGGAGGUGUUGUACCAGUGGGGUGGCAUUUACAUGGACACGGACGCCAUCUCGCUGCGGGGCUUCGAUUCCUUGCGGCGGUGGCGGGCUGUGCUAGCCAGGCAGGGGGGCCGGGAGCUCCGGGCCACCGUGGGGCUGAUGAUCUUCGAGCCGCGGAGCGCCUUCCUCUCGGCCGUCUUGGAGCGGAUGAAGCGCGCCUACAGCGGGGCCUGGGGCGUCCACGCGGGGCAUGUGCUGGACGACACGCUGGAGACGAGGCCGCCGGGGGUGGCGAUCCUGGGGCACUCCGGAGGCUUCUUCGCGUCCUCGUGGCACGCCGGGGACUUUGUGGAGCUGAUGGAGGAAGCGAAGCUCGUGGAUUGGAGCAGGUGCUGGUCCCUGCACCUCUACAACUCUCAGACCAAGAAAUACACCAAAGAUCCCAUAGAGCUCUGCCGUAAUCCUGGUUCGCCGUACAAAGAUGGAGAUUUGUGUCGUGGCUUGCGCAUGGCCUUGGAUAUGAAUGACAUCUUCAGCAUGGUGGAUCAGGGGUAUCCUAUUAUGAGCAGUAGUCUAGAAGAAACCUUCCGAAAACGUGCUGCUGAGCAAGCAAGCGCAUUUCCUGAUUUGGUGUCAAAUUCUUUGGACAUCCGGCGCGUGAGCGAGAAGGCGGAGCUGUGAUGCGUUGCGAUCCGCUGCAACGUGCGAUGCCCAGGGCUUCUACUACGACCGACCGCAAGCUCCGUGUCGACGCGGCGGAAGCGGACGACGCCGAGGACGCGGCGCGGGCGGUCGGAGGGCGGCUGCGGAUCAAGGUGACCGGCGAAGCGCCAAACCUAGCGGCUGGCUGUGC